CUCCUUUUUCUGGUUCGUAGCAAUGGCAACGCCAUACAAGCUGACCUUUGUGCUUGACACACUUAGCCUAUUUCCGACCCACACACGCGCGUAGACGCAGAGAGGGUAAACUAAAAUCAUGAACACAAACACACACACAAUUUCCCCGCAGUCGUUCUCAUCUUCUUAGUUAUCAGUAUUCUCUCAUUCAUUCCAUCCAUUUUUGCAUUCUUUCAAUGGCCGUUGCAACCCUCUCUCUGCUUCCUCCCUCCACGUGUCCCUGCUUCUGCGGCACCGUCCAUCUCCGCUCUCACAACAGCUUCAUUUCCAUUCAUUCUCCUUCCUUUUCAACUUCCUUCUCCUCGGUUUCCAAUCCCAACCUCGCUCCCACGCGCCGCCGCUUCCACACUGUCUUCGCCGCUUCCUCCGACUACUAUUCCACUCUCGGAAUCUCCAAAUCCGCCACAGGAAAGGAAAUCAAAGCUGCUUAUCGAAAGUUAGCUCGUCAGUAUCAUCCUGAUGUAAAUAAGGAGCCCGGUGCGACUGAAAAGUUCAAAGAGAUUAGUGCUGCGUAUGAGGUGCUAUCAGAUGAUAAAAAGAGGGCUUUAUAUGAUCAAUAUGGCGAGGCAGGAGUUAAGAGUGCAGUUGGAGGAGGCUCAAGUGCCUACACGACAAAUCCUUUUGAUUUAUUUGAGACAUUUUUUGGGCCAAGUAUGGGUGGCUUUGGAGGCAUGGAUCCGACUGGAUUUGGAACUCGUCGUCGUAGUACCGUUACUAAGGGUGAAGACAUUCGGUAUGACUUUUCCUUGGAGUUUUCUGAGGCAAUUUUUGGAACAGAGAAAGAAUUCGAUCUUUCUCAUUUGGAAACAUGUGAAGUCUGCACUGGUACCGGAGCAAAAAUAGGCUCCAAGAUGAGAGUAUGUUCAACUUGUGGUGGGAGGGGUCAGGUGAUGAGGACUGAACAAACACCUUUUGGGAUGUUCUCACAGGUUUCAGUAUGUCCAAGCUGUGGAGGGGAUGGAGAAGUCAUAUCUGAAUAUUGUCGUAAAUGCAAUGGUGAAGGACGAAUACGGAUCAAGAAAAAUAUUAAAGUUAAAGUUCCUCCUGGUGUUAGCUCAGGCAGUAUUUUAAGAGUUUCUGGGGAGGGUGAUGCUGGACCAAGAGGGGGACCUCCUGGAGAUCUUUAUGUCUAUCUUGACGUGCAAGAGAUACCUGGAAUUCAAAGGGACGACAUUAAUCUCUCCUCAACAAUAUCAAUCAGUUAUCUAGAUGCAAUACUGGGGGCUGUUGUGAAGGUAAAAACAGUUGAAGGAAUUUCGGAACUACAAAUACCUGCUGGUACCCAACCCGGAGAUGUCCUCGUCCUUGCAAGAAAAGGUGUACCAAAAUUAAAUAAACCAUCAAUACGUGGUGACCACUUAUUCACUGUUAAGGUUACAAUACCAAAACGUAUUAGUACAAAGGAACGUGAGUUGCUUGAAGAACUUGGUUCUCUAGGUGACGCAAGCAAACGUUUAAAAUCUCGGCCUAAGACCCACUCUUCAAGUGUUACGGAAACUCCUACACUUCAAAAGGAUGAAAGUUCAACAGUAACAUCAGAAGAAAAAAGUGAGAAAUCAGAAGACGAAAACGAUGUAUGGAAUAAAUUGAAGGACUUUGCUGGAUCUGUGGCAAAUGGAGCUUUCAAGUGGCUGAAAGAUAAUCUCUAGUCCCAUGGGGUUGUUGAAUGGAGCAGAAUCUUCAAGAUAGGUUUGCAGUGCUUAUGAUUUCAGUAGUUACUGGAAGGAAAGGAACUAAUGGAGACAAUAUUUUCUUCAAAUGCUUUAACUGAAUUUAGCUACGCGGCAAAAUCAAACAAGUAGUGAUGCUUAUUCUUUUAUUUGUUUUUUUUCUUGUAAAUUUUGGAACAAGAUGAUUUAUACAGAAUAACUUGUUCAAGGAUA